ACAUCUUACGUCAUAUUGUUUUUACGGAACUUUGUGUUUGUCAAGUUCUAUAUUUAGCAGCAUGAUGUCAUGAUCACGUGGUUCAGAUGGGGAAAUCCCUGACGUCACCUUGAAGCAACAGAGACAUCAUUUUUCGGUCAGGCGCACGCUGUUCAGUUGUUUGAUGAAAAGUUUGACACGGGUUAGAUUUGCGUGCACAGGUAGAAUCUCAGGAUAUCCGAGUCAUAUUCAUACUCUAGCUCAAAUGUUUGUGAUCCAGUUUCUUCGUUUCUUUCCCCAACUUGAAUGUUUCUUGCACCCCAUCAUACAGGGAACCAAGAUGGCGGACAGUAGGUCGGCUCAGACGUCGCCUUUGCCAGACGACACUCGCGAGCUCUUAAUGGAAACACUCCAGUUCGCGAGACAGCUGUUGCAGAUCGCAGACCAGUACAAGAACGGGUCCCCGGUUAGCGGGGGCGGCCAUGACCAGACAGACGCUGUGACACCGUCCGGAGAGCUGCCGCCGAGCAGCGUGUGUCAGCAGCUGGCCGCCGCCAUGAACCGGGCCUUACGGUUCGUACAGGAGAACCUCACCGUCCCGGAAGAGGUGAUCAAAGCAGAUGUGCGGUUGGCGGAGGAGGCGGGGAGGUACGCCGUGCUGCGGAUCAUGCGCUUCUUCUGGAGGGGCAUCACCAACAUACAGCCCAAAAGUGCCGAGUUCGCAGCGGAACUCAAGGUCGUCAAAGAUCACCUGGAUCAUUGUCAGGAAAUGGUCCCCAAAAUAGAGGAAUACAUCCAACAGGCCGCAGAACUGUGCACCCAGAUCAUGCAGUGCGAAGGCCAGGAUCGCUCCCUCCAGCUGGAGUUCGACAACGUUACGCGGCGUGCAGACCUGGAGCUCACGUUCUGCGAAGAGCGCCUGAAGCAGGCCGAGAAGAAGCUGAACGACCUUGUGAUGAAGGUCAAGACAAGGAAGAGGGAUGAGGGCAGAGGUAUGACUUUACUUGGGAGUGCUGCAGUGUUGUCUGCUGCUGCUGCCACCACACUUCUGUUUGCCUUCAAGGCUCUCACCAGACUGCGAGCCUCGGUCUUGUGUAGCCUCACUGCCAUCGGAGGGGGGUUACUUCUCCUGAACCGCGCAGACCAGAGUGAGUACGAGAAAUUUCUGUCAGAACUGAGGGAGCACCGCAUGAAGAACGAGCAGCUGCAGAUCAGACUGCAGGAACUGAAACGGAGGCUGGAGUCGGAGGUGGAGGCGGUUGGGACGUACAGGGUGGAUGACAGAAUGCCAUCACCUGAGCCACAAGAUAACCAAUCAGAACUGUCCACUGACAUUGAACCAGAACUGUCCACUGAUAUUGAACCAGAACAGACAACUAACAUUGAACCACACUCAGGUAAUGAAGAACAAGACCACACGGAGGCCUCUGCAUCCUCUAGUGUUCCUCAUAACGACCAACGAUAGGACUGAUCACAUGACCAUUUGAUAUAUAACACAGCAGUUGUACAUGGUAGAUCCCAAGGAUCAUGGUUUCAAAAUUGUGGAUGAUGACAGAUUGCUAGAACAAAGAAUUGCAAUUGUGUACAUGUACACAGAUUGGCUUUUGCAUUAAUUCAAAAUGGAGGAACUAUGAUUGUUCAUGUACAUAACUUGAGAUGAUCCACAUGUGCCUUGUAAGGUCCUGUUUAUGGAACCUCUUAUUUAUCCAUGUCUAUGAUAGGUUUAACUUCUCCAAAAAGGC